AUGGACCCCAGUCAGGCAGUUGUUGGAGUGAAGAAAGAGCAGCAUGAGGAGGUUACGACAGAUGCCCCUCUCAACGCAAGAUCAAGAUCUACUGAGCAGUGUGCUCUACUGACAUUCUCAUACAUGGAAAAGAUGAGAAGAGUUAAAGACCCAGAUCUUUGGCAGCUGUUUUACCAAAAGGUUCUUCCGCUUUUGGACGGACUCCAGCCAGCUUGCGAGACCAUUUCUUCCUCUCGCAAGCUUCAACCUGCUCUGACGAAGGCAGCGGCUCACUGGCUUGACCAAAUUUCUGAUCUUCGCGAUCAGGCGAAGCGGUCCCAUCGAACUGUCAUCGGUGUCCUGGGCAACACGGGAGAUGGCAAAAGCUCAACCAUCAAUGCUCUACUAGAUGAAGAGAGGUAUGAUCGAACACUCAUCUCGGACGAUGGAACCCAGCUGAUUAUUCUUAGCUUACUUCCCACGAACUGUAUGCGCGCGUGCACCGCUGUCGCCACCGAGGUUUCUUACAACAAUGAUGAAGACGAAGAGAACCCAUACCGCGCGGAAGUCGAGUUCAUCUCUCAAGAGGAAUGGUCCAAGGAAGUCAACAUACUGCUCAUGGAAUUCUUCGCUGAAGAGACUAAUGAGAGAAAUGAUUUGGACCCGGAAAGCGAUGCAGCGAAAGCUUUAGCGAAAGUUCAAGCGGUCUAUCCUUCAUUGAGCCUGGAAGACUUGACUAGCAGCAAUUCGGCCCAGCUGGCUACCCAUCCAAGCGUGAACCACCUUCUAGGUACCACCAUGACGGUGAAAAGCGGCAAUGCGCAGGAUAUCCGCGAGCAACUCGAGCCCUACGUCGACUCGAACGACAAGGAUGAUGAGACGGCGGCAUACUGGCCUUUGGUGAAGGUUGUCAGAAUCUUUACCAAAGCCAGAGUGCUCGCUAACGGUGUCACAAUCGUAGACUUGGACAUCAUGAGCAACUCUAUCAAGCGUCAGCUCAAGCUUGAUGGAGCAUUCUCGGCUUUGACCAUCAUUUGCUCAAAGACUGACGACAUGACGCUCAGCUCCGGAAUAGAAAGCAUGAAGUCGAAGUUGGACAAGGAUACUAAGGCAGCAUGGGGCCGGGUCCAAGCCCUAGGUCGCCGCACCGCGGCUCUGGAAAAGGAGCUCAUGGUUGUCCGAGGUCGACGCAAGACAUCCCGGGCCUCAACCAUUAGCCUCGACACGGGCCGCACAGCGAAGAGAGCGCGAACCGAGCCGCCCGGUAAGCAAGUGGAGAGAGCCAUGUUUGAUAGUUCCUCUGAACUAGCCAAUGAUGGUGUCAUUGACUGCGAUCCGAAUGCUGAGAAGCACGAAGAGCUUGCAGAGUUGAAAGAAGAAAAGCGAGAGCUGAUGGACGAGGUCCAUGCACGUCUGAUUCGGAGACGCAACCAGCUUUGCCGAGAUGCUGUCAGGAAGCACCUCGCUAAGGGUUUCAAAGAUCUUGAUCGGCAAGAUUCAGCCAACGCCAACGGACAUGGGCAAGCUGAUGAGGAGUUCCGAGACUACGACGAAAUGUCCGCUUUGACUCCUAUCUUUUGCACCAGCAGCCUCGUUUACCAAAAGAUGCAAGGUCUUGUGGCCGAUAACGAUGAUGAGACUCCUGGCUUUGACACCGAGCAGGACACAGAAAUCCCCCAGCUUCAAGCUCAUGCUCAGAAGUUGACCGAAGAGCUUCGAAUCGCGAAGUACCAAGAAAUACUUAACAGUAUAUGUCAAAUCCUCAACUCCAUCGCAAUAUGGGCGCAGGACACGGCAGAGACUACAGCCACGAUUGACGGGGAGCGUCUAAAGUGGAUGUUGGCACGCUUCAAUGCCGAUUUGAAUGGCGAGGUUGAGGAUUGCCGAGACAAGUUGCACGUGGCAGCAGAGACUGGUCUGUAUGAGGAGAUGAAGCGCUUGAGCUCUGCUGCCAGUCGCGCGGCAGUUCCUACGGCAAUUGGCUGGGGCAACAUGAACUUCUCUACGCUAAAGGCAACUUUUCGCCGCGGCGGCAUAUGGAAGAUGAACAAUUUCAACGAAGACUUGUUGCGACCUAUCACUGAUAACCUGACAGAGACCUGGGCAAACUUCUUUCGGUUCACUAUCCCAGGCGUGCUCGACAACUUCUCUGUCUCCGCGACUCACCGACUAGGCGUGUUUCACGAGGAUGUCAUGAAGCAACUUGGGAUCCAAGACUACGAUCACGAUGAAUCACCCGCAAUCGUGCAGCUUAGUAGGCAACUCGACCUUCACAAGUCAAAAGUUGUUAGACUUGCCGCUCAAAGUCGAAUGGGAGUCGAUGAGGCUCAGAAGGACGCCAACAGAGCGUUGACCACGCCAGUUGCCGAAGCGAUGGCUCUUGGCUAUGAGGAGUGUUCUCAGAUGCGUGGAAAAGGAUCAGUGAAGAAGGCCAAAGCCAAAAUUGAGGAAUAUGUCCUCAACCGGAAGGUCAAGAUGUUCCGCGACGCAAUCGGAAACGUCAAGGACGUUCUUGGUGACGGCUUGAAGAUGGUUGGUGAAGACAUGGCGGCCGAUAUCAAAAAUAUUGGAGUUACUAUGGAAGGUGACUAUAUGCUUGCGCUGGCAGAGAAGCAAGAGUCGGCACGCCUUAGAGAGCAGGCGUCUAAGCGGGAAAUGCUCAAGUUCUUGGAGCAUGCUGCGGAGCAAUUCAGAUAG